AUGUCUAUUUCUUCAGAAUCACCUAAACAUGAAUUCAAUAAGAAAAAUAGCAUAGGAAACUGUAAUGAUGCAGGAAAAAACCAGGAACUAUCUUUUCUAAAUGAAUAUAUUACAGGAGAGCAUUUGUCAGUCUCAUCUCCUUUUAAACAUAGUUUUUCCCUAUCAUCUUUCAAUACUUCCAGCCGUGAAAAUGUGUAUCAACAUAAUUCAGCAUCUGAUUUUCCUGUACAUAGGCAUGAAAAAAGUACAGGGAACAAUUACAAACGUACAGACUAUCCUUCAGAAUUAUCUCUUUCUGCAAUUAACAAGACACAUGUGCUUGAAAUGAAGCGUCAGCAAUACGAGUUACAACGUAUUGAACAUCGUAGAAGAUUUGAAAAAGAAAUGAAAUUACUAGAACUUCGUCAAAAACGAGAUGAACAGGCUCUUUUAGGUUAUGAUGAUGAUACAGUUGGAAGUAUGUCAGCAAAUAGUGCCCCUAAUACACCUCCGAAUUUACAAAUACCUUCUGAUACACGUUUGUAUUCUACUGCUGUACCUAAACUUACUUCACCUUUGCAAUUUUAUGAACAGUUUCACAAUACAGGACAAUUAGCUACACCACCAUCAGAUGAUAACUCGCGGUCUUCACAGUUCUCAGAAUCGCGUAGAGAAUUAGAGGAACAUGAUCUUCUAAAAAACCUUACUAUUAAUCCUCAUAAUAGAAAUGAUAAAAAUUCUUCAACAAAACAAAGAAAUGAUGAAAAUCAUAAUAUUUUCCAUGACAAUUUUUCAAAUAAUGAUGAACAAUUAUACCCGUAUCAAACAACCAUUUUUGAAAAUGAUGCAAGAAACAAAACAGAAGAAUCUUUUGUUAAAAAAUAUUUAGAAAUGAAUACUAACGAUGAUUUUCCAAUUUUAAUUAAAAGGAAUAAUUUUCCUGGAAUGUUUUCUUCAUCAAAUACUACUUUUGACUUGACGCAUCCAACACAUGAAAAUUCUCAUGCGAAUUUUAUUGGAAACGAACCUCAAAGUAUAUCGAAAAAUAGCAAUUCAAUAUAUUCUCAAGAUGUGACUAAUAAUAAUUGUUCUUUUUCUUUAAAAAAUGAAAAUCUUGUAUCACCUAAAUUUCGUUGUAUGGAAGAAAAAGAUUCAUCUAAUCAUAAUUUGCAAAAAUCAAUGGAUAUAAAUUUUACAUCCUUUGUACCAAAACAUCAAAACUCUCUUUCAGCAUCUCAUAUUUCUAAUACUUUUCAAUAUUUAAAACCAAAAUCAGACGAAUGUUCUGAAUCUAAACCAUCUAACAAUUCUAAUCAUAUAUCUCGAUCUCAAGGUUCAACUGGAUUUUUGCCGUCAAAUACCAAGUCCUCUUUAGAUGUUCCUAUUCUUCCAUCAACAGUUGUCUCUCCUUUACAUUCAUCUAGUAUAUACGGACAAUAUGGUAUUAUGAAUCUUCCUUCUUCAUAUCAGUCUACAACAUAUGGUACAUAUCCAUUUUAUGCAAUAAAUAAUCAAUCGUCAAAUGAAACAUCUCAAACAUUUUUCACAUAUGGAAACAAUAGAGGGUCUUAUCAUAAAAAAAAUGCAAAUUCUGAUGGAAACCGAUUUUCAGGAGCAGCAUUAGAAACAUUUGUAGGUGAAAUUUACUCUCUUUGUAAAGAUCAACAUGGUUGUCGAUAUCUUCAAAAAAAACUCGAAGAACGUGAUCCUCGAAGAAUAUCAAUGAUUUUUAUAGAAACUUAUCCUCAUGCUAUAGAGCUUAUGACUGAUCCAUUUGGUAAUUAUUUGUGUCAAAAACUUUUAGAACAUUGUAAUAACGAAGAACGUACUACAAUUAUACAAUCAGUUGCUUCCAGUCUAGUUCCUAUAUCAUUAAAUAUGCAUGGAACUAGAGCUGUUCAAAAAAUGAUCGAAUAUCUUUCUACACCAGAACAAAUAAAAAUUGUAAUUAAUGCAUUAAAUUCUAGUGUUGUUACUUUAAUUAAAGAUUUAAAUGGAAAUCAUGUUAUUCAAAAAUGCCUUAAUAAAUUAUCUAAUGAUGAUAUACAGUUUAUAUUUGAUGCUAUUUGUUCUAAUUGUAUCGAAGUUGCAACUCACCGUCAUGGAUGCUGCGUUCUUCAACGUUGUAUCGACCAUGCAUCAGAUUCUCAAAAAGUACAAAUUGCUAAAGAAAUUACAAAUCAUGCUCUUAAUCUUGUUCAAGAUCCUUUUGGAAACUAUGUUGUUCAAUACAUUUUAGACCUCGGUGAUGCUAGAUUUAGUGAGCCUUUGAUUCAUCGAUUCAUAGGAAACAUUUGUCUUUUGUCAGUGCAAAAAUUUAGUUCCAAUGUCAUAGAAAAAUGUAUAAGAAUGGCAGAGCCACCAACACGCAGCUUAUUGAUAGAGGAACUUCCUAAAAAAAUAGGGAGUUUGAUACGGGACUCAUAUGCUAACUAUGUUAUUCAAACAUCAUUGGAUUAUGCAGAUUCUACUCAACGCAAACAACUAGUUGAUUGUAUUCUUCCAUUGCUUCCAUCUAUUAAGUCAACUGCUGUUGGCAGAAAAAUAUCUAUGAGAAUUGAAAAAAAUAAUAGUUGUAAUGGAAACAAUAUCGUUUCUGAAACAUCUAAUAACUCUUCACAAGAAAACCUAAAUCAUCGUGCAAAUGAUUUAUUAUCAGUUAAUGAAAAUACACAUACUUAUUUUCCAACAUUUCAUCGUUUUUCGGAGUAUCAUAAUCAAGAAUAUUCGUUAAUGUGA